AGGAACAUGUCUUUUGCUACUCCCCCGUUGUGUUUCCCCUUUCGCGUAGUACUACCCUCAUGCCAUCAUCCCCAUCAAAGGCUUUCCCCAUGAAACAUUUCGCAUCUUCGUAGUAUUUUCUAAGGCACGAUAAUAUUAUACAACAUAGUACUACUCUUUUCUGCCUUCGGAAAAGACCACACCAGCACACAUUCUCGCACGACACUGAUGUUGGUAAAAACAACAGUCAUGGCAAGACGUCCGCAGAGCAGAUCCAGCCACGGGGAUUUCUGGGCAGCCACGGCCCGCGAUUUUUGAGUUCCGUCUACAGUUGAUCAAGCGGGCCACUGCGUAAAGUCCGCCUAGUACUCCGGUGACCGAACGGGGAUUUUGUCACCGUUUUCUUCACGCCGAUUCCCGGAAGAGCAGGCAGUUCUUCGACUCAAGUACUCCUCCCGCCUGCGUAGAAAUUAUUAGUCUUGCGAAGAGCAAGUUGUUGGUCCAUCAAGAAGAAGACCCCAGCAGGUCGUCAGCCACACCAUGUUGGAAACGCUGCUUGCCCGCAUGGUGCUCAACACGGGGGACCCGGACCAGUCCAUUGAAGAAUUUGUCGACCGCAUCCUCCACAUGCUCGGCUGGAUCUUGAUUGUCGCCACGCAGAUGCAGAAGACGAACCACUACCGGCGGUACUACAUGCACCGGGCGCUGCAGUUUUUUCUCGGCUGCCAAGUGUUUUUCAACUUUCCCAUGCGGCUUUUUCGGGACAACGUGCUUGCGAAGUGGACCCGCAGGCGGGCGAGCGGUUGGUACCGGUCGGUGGCGUGUCGGGUCGAUCCGUGGCUGUAUUCUGUGGAGAAAAAUGUGCUGGGCCCGCUGAUCGGGCCGCCAGGAAGGACGAAGAAGAAGAGUGGGAACAACAGGAAUAAAUCGGCUACUACUACAACAACUUCGACGACGACGACUACAUCAGCAGUGGAGCGGCCUUCGUCCUCACAACAGCCUAGUACCGCAAGAGCGACGUCGUGGUGGGACUUCAAUUUGGGCCGGGCGGUCAAAAGUUUGUUUUGGACAAAGGAGACGAAACGCAGCUCCUCCCACGACCGCGUGGUCAACAAGCCUCCUCCGACGACCCCGGAGGGCGAGGCCUGGGAGACCGCCGUAACCGCGUUCUGCCCGAGCGGGUGGGUGCCGGACUUUUGCGACCGGCUGAAGGACUUUCAUGCGGUGGGGAGCGGGCAGGAUGUUGCUGAUAAUUCUUCCUCGGAUAAUUAUUUUUCCUCGUCUUCUACCGAAGCUGGAACAUCAACGACUGCAGAGGCAACCACCGACGACGACGACGACGAUGGUAGCUCGUACCGGUUUUCAUCCCGCAACGCGAAAAAUCGGAAGGAGAAGCUCGCGAAGCGAUGGGAAACGGCGGAGGAGGAAAACGAAGACUAUAACUCGACGCUCAGUUACUGCUUGCGGACCUACCAGGGCCCGCAGAAGAAGUUGAAACAGCACUACGCCGUGCCGAGAAUUUUGGAGGUUGGGAGUUUGAAAAAAACCCUAUCAAAUGCAAAAAUGUCGGGGUCUGGAAACUUGUAUUGCCGAGUUGUGAAUAGUGAAUUCUCUGUAAUGCACAGCCAAGCAUGAGAAAUAUUUGCGCGGCUUAGUGUUGCGCUUUCCGCAUGACAAGCUGCGUUUUGCAUGACAAGCAAGAGGGUCUCUUCUUGGACACGCGGCAUCACAAACUCUUCAGUCAUGCCAGACAAGCAUGACAAACCUUGCAUCCUUUAAGACCCGGACUGAUUUGCAAUGCAUAAACCCAGCGCUACUACAACAACGGCACCGUCUAUCCUGAGAAAAAAGUGUUACAGUUACACGUUGUGUUGCAGGCCAAGCAAGACAGACAAGCUCUGUCAUGCCGGGUACGCACAGGAGCCUCCUUUCACAGGUGUUUUCCCGUGGGAUUUCUGCAUUGCAAGUUUUCUCUCUCAUGAAGAGAAAUUUGUGUUGCUGAAUUGACAACAAAUGUGUAACUGUAACACUUUUUUCGUGCGAUACCGUCUACACGGACGAGGACUGGCUGUACGCGUACGGGGUGUUCUUCUCCGUGUGCUGCGCGAUUCUUUUCGGGCUGCUCUGCCGCCGGGCCGCGGAGCCGCUGGGGUGGUGGCUGGCGAUUGGGAACAAUUUGUGUUACCGGAUGUGGAGCAACGGUGGGGAGGAGUGGAUGACUGCGUUUUUCAAGCGCAACGCGUUUUUGAAGAAGAAUGUGGCGAAGUUCGAUUUUGGCGGCGAGAAAAAUACGGAGGACAACGAGCAUAUGGGAGUGUCAGGAUCGAAAUCGACAAAAUCGAAAAGUUUGCGAUGCAUAAAAUGUAGGGCACGCGAGGCCUGUAUUGGGGAGCAGGCAAAUGAGGCCGAUUGUAAGCCUGUUUAGGGGUAUACAAUGCGUUGCCAGAGUAGCAUGACAGGAGCAGUCUGCUUUGCCCUAACAGCAUGACAGACUGGAUUUUGGUAGUCCCGAAAUUUGUCAUGCGCCACUUAGAAACUGAGGCUCCAACUGGCGUCGAUUUUGUGCAUCACAUUUUUUUCGAUUUUGUCGAUUUCGAUUCUGACGCUUCCAUAGAGCACCUGUUGCACAUGCUGCAGUUCAGUAUGUUCUACUCGGCUUGCUUCCUCGGGUGGCAUUAUUUGAUUCCCUGGGGCGGAGCUGGGUCUGGGCGCGCGCGGUUCUUUAUCAAAUUCAAAAAUGUCUGGGUCUGGAAGAAUGCAGCUUGUGAUGCUGCAUUUGGAUUCCAAAAAAAUCUGUAUUGCAUGAGCAGCAAAGUAGGGAACGCAUUUUUUGCUACGCGGAGAUGGCAUUUGUCAUGCCAAAUAGGCAUCAAGAAGCCCUCAAAAAAGGCGUGAUGCUAGAGCAUGCAUCACAGACAUGUUGGCUCAUGCAACACGUGCAUGACAAGUCUCAGAAUCUUCCAGACCCAGACAUGUUUACAGUUCAUAUUCUUCCGGUCCAAGCGAUCGGUGAAGCAGGAGGAGAUGCUGGCAACGCUGGAAAACGCGGUGGAGAAUAUCAAAGGGAAAAAUGUCUGGGUCUGGAAGAUUGCGAGAUUUGUCAUGCUGACCUGGCAUGGGAUGGCCCAUAAAUCUGUAUUGCGUGGCCACAAACAGCCUCUCUCGCCUGUCGUGCAAAAACGCAGUUUCUCAUGCGGAAUAUGCAGCACAGAAGCACGAAGCAACUUGUCAUGCUUGGCGGCGCAUUGCAGUGCAUUUGUUAUUGACUGACUUGCAUCACAAGUUUCCAGGCCCAGACAUUUUUGCAUUCGACAGAGAACGAGGUGAUGCGAAGAUACGGGCUAAGGGAAGAGGAAAAUUUUCAACAAGAUGGUGGAAGUCACACCUUACCCGGUGUGGAUGAGCGGCUGUCCGGGACGCGCAACGCGGUCGACGCGUGUUGCGCGAAGGAAAGGCUGAACAGCACCUCUUGCACGUCGGAAGAGGGGAACGACAGCAGUACUCCAGCAGGCCUUGGACCACUUGCAACGAAAUGCACGGCGAGCGUGUUCGGAGCUCCUGCCACGUCGGCCUCCACAGAAGACGGGUCGUUUGGCGAUACCUGGUUCCACCAACAGCUCGAGAAACAUAUGGGUUCGUAAAAAUGUCUGGGUCUGGAAACUUGUGAUGCAAGGAAGAGAAUAGUGAGCUCACUGUAAUGCGCCGCCAAGCAUGACAAGUUUUUUUCAUGGUUCUGAGUGGCGUAUUCCGCAUGAGAAACUGCGUUUUUGCAACACAGGGAGGAGGAGCUCUUUGCGGCCACGCAAUACAGAGUUCAGAGUCAUGCCAGAUUAGCAUGACAAGUCUCGCAAUCUUCCAGACCCAGACANGUCAAUAACAAAUGCACUGCAAUGCGCCGCCAAGCAUGACAAGUUGCUUCGUGCUUCUGUGCUGCAUAUUCCGCAUGAGAAACUGCGUUUUUGCACCACAGGGAGGAGGAGCUCUUUGCGGCCACGCAAUACAGAGUUCAGAGUCAUGCCAGAUUAGCAUGACAAGUCUCGCAAUCUUCCAGACCCAGACAUUUUUACAUUUGAUAAAACAGCGCCACCAGCGAAUGCUGGAUGAGGAGUCGGAGGACGAAGAAGUCAGCAGUGCGGAAGCGUCUGAAAAUAAUGACCAUGAUGCUGAACAAGAUAAUCUGAGUCCCUGCAAGCGUCGUGAUCGCAGCCCCAAGCAGAGUCCCUCGCGGAGGAGAAACCAGACGGGGAACAGCAGCUCGCUCAGUCCUCCAGCGGAAAAGAGUAGAGGAAGAAACCACAACGAAGCGGAUCAGGUGCAGACUGCGUCAUCCGCCAACUACCCAGUUUUGGAAUGGAAGCACAUUCUGCAGGACAUCAAGGAAGGCAACGGUUACUACGACCCGGCUACGGGGGGAGGGAAUUCCGGGUCGGGGAAGAAUCAAAAAAUCGCCGGUGGUGCUGGUGCCGAGGUGGAGAUGAUGGAGGAACAAUUUUUCGCGGGGAAUGAUAGUAAUAGCAGGGUGAUGAAUGCGGACGAGGAUGAGGAGAUCGAUUGACCGACUUCUACAUACCCGGUGCUAGUAGUACUUCCUAUGCUAUACCAGAGCACCUUUCUACAAAAACAUUGGGGAUAGGAAAUCAGACCGAAGAUUUGAGCCAGGAGAUUUCGGGUAUUCGAACUCUGCAAAAAAAAAUGAGCUGUCGAAAAAUAUUUAAUGAUCAUAGAGGGUGCGCGACACGACAGGGCAGCGACGCACAGGCGCUCGCUACUUGUCUGACGUACUACCGAACGUUCUUCAUGGUAUAUUUCACCCAACAAGGGCGACCCGGGUGCGAGAUCUUUGUGGUAUUACAGCAAAUAGAGAAAUUGGAAAGCUUCGAACCGCAGGUGAACGGAAUUUCGCACUUGUGAGCCGCGACCGGGUGACUCAUCUUUGUGUCUGUGCAACUAACUAUCACGAAAGUAAAGAGAAGACUCACGACGCGAGUCAGUCUUCAAAGACCGAACAAGGAAGGCCUCGGGCCAACAGUUUUCGACUUGUUUUUCUGGACAAAAUAAUGUUGACGAGAAAUCGCUCGGUUUCUUGUUCCUCGG